UAUCGUGGUAACUUUCUGUCACGCCACAGUCUGUCUUUGUGGACCGUACUGGGAAUGUUAGACAAAGAACAAAUAUGUGUUUGACAUCUUUUGAAAGAUAUUAACGACUCAAGAAAGUAAAAAAAAAAAUGGGUAAAAAGGACAAAGGAGAUCGGGACAAGAAGUCCAAGAAGCGUUUCUAUGAGGAAGAAGAAGAAGAUGAAGAGGUACCAGGCAGUGAAUCUCAGGAGGCAAUACCUGCUGCUGCAGGAAAACAAGUGGAUGAGUCCAGCACAAAGCUGGAUGAAUAUGGAGCCAAAGACUACCGUGCUCAGAUGAUUUUAAAGAAUGAUCACUCUUCACGACCCCUCUGGGUGGCUCCAGAUGGACACAUCUUUCUGGAAGCUUUCUCCCCAGUUUACAAGUAUGCUCAGGAUUUUUUGGUGGCUAUUGCAGAGCCGGUGUGCAGGCCAAAUCAUGUCCAUGAGUACAAGCUGACGGCCUAUUCUCUGUAUGCAGCUGUCAGUGUGGGGCUGCAAACGUCUGAUAUUGUUGAGUACCUACAAAAACUCAGCAAAACGUCUGUACCUGAGGGAAUUGUUCAGUUCAUUAAGCUAUGCACAGUAAGCUAUGGUAAAGUCAAGCUUGUCCUGAAGCACAACAGGUAUUUUGUUGAGAGUGCCUUCCCUGAUGUGAUCCAGCGUCUUCUGCAGGACAACGUGAUCCGGGAAUGUCGUCUCCGUACUGCAGACGGAGCAGAUACCGAGCUUAUUACUGAAGUCAUUCACAGCAAGUCUGCCAUCUCAAAGUCUGUUCAGGAAAAAGGAGGUACUUCUACUGCUGAUCAGCCUGCAGAUGGACAGACUUCAACGCAGCAGGUCCCUGAGGACAUCUUCAGCUACUACGAGCAAAUGGAUAAAGAAGAGGAGGAGGAGGAAGAGACUCAGACUGUCUCCUUUGAGAUUCGCCAGGAGAUGAUUGAGGAGCUGCAGAAGCGAUGUAUUCAGCUGGAGUACCCCCUACUGGCAGAGUAUGACUUCCGUAAUGAUACAGUCAACCCAGACAUCAACAUAGACCUGAAGCCCACUGCUGUGCUGCGUCCGUAUCAAGAAAAGAGUCUACGCAAGAUGUUUGGGAAUGGACGAGCUCGCUCUGGGGUGAUUGUGCUGCCAUGUGGAGCGGGAAAGUCUCUUGUGGGUGUGACAGCAGCAUGCACAGUUCGUAAGCGCUGCCUGGUGUUGGGUAACUCCUCUGUGUCAGUGGAGCAGUGGAAGGCACAGUUCAAGAUGUGGUCCACUAUCGAUGACUCCCAAAUCUGUCGCUUCACUUCUGAUGCCAAAGACAAGCCCAUCGGCUGCUCGGUGGCCAUAAGCACCUACUCCAUGCUCGGUCACACCACUAAGCGCUCCUGGGAGGCUGAGAGGGUCAUGGAGUGGAUGAGGAGCCAAGAGUGGGGACUCAUUAUCCUGGAUGAGGUGCAUACUAUCCCUGCUAAGAUGUUCCGUCGUGUUCUGACCAUCGUCCAAGCACACUGCAAACUGGGGCUCACUGCUACACUGGUCAGAGAAGAUGACAAGAUUGUGGACCUCAACUUCCUCAUUGGACCAAAGCUAUUUGAAGCCAACUGGAUGGAACUGCAGAAUAAUGGCUACAUAGCCAAGGUGCAAUGUGCAGAGGUCUGGUGCCCGAUGUCUCCAGAGUUUUACAGAGAGUAUGUGGCCAUAAAGACGAAGAAGCGCAUCCUUCUUUACACGAUGAACCCCAACAAGUUCCGUGCUUGCCAGUUUCUCAUUCGAUUCCAUGAGCGGCGCAAUGACAAGAUUAUCGUCUUUGCCGACAAUGUGUUCGCUCUGAAGGAAUAUGCCAUUCGCCUCAACAAGCCUUACAUCUAUGGACCGACUUCUCAAGGUGAACGUAUGCAGAUUUUACAGAACUUCAAACACAACCCUAAGAUCAACACUAUUUUCAUCUCAAAGGUUGGAGACACCUCCUUUGACUUACCAGAAGCAAACGUUUUGAUCCAGAUUUCCUCUCAUGGUGGAUCACGCAGACAGGAGGCCCAGAGGCUUGGCAGAGUCCUGCGAGCCAAGAAAGGAAUGGUAGCAGAGGAGUACAAUGCAUACUUUUAUUCACUGGUGUCCCAGGAUACACAGGAGAUGGCUUAUUCCACCAAGAGGCAGAGGUUCCUGGUGGACCAGGGCUACAGCUUUAAGGUGAUCACAAAGCUGGCAGGAAUGGAAGAAGAGGACCUAAUGUUCUCCUCCAGAGAUGAACAACAGCAGCUGCUGCAGAAGGUUCUGGCUGCUUCAGACCUGGAUGCUGAGGAGGAAGUUGUGGUAGGGGAGGUGGGAGCACGACCACAGUUCUCGAGGCGAACGGGCACCAUGAGCUCCAUGUCGGGUGCAGAUGACACCGUCUACAUGGAGUAUCAGAGCCGAGGAAGCAAAGCAGCAGCAGCAGCAAGCAAGAGUGUCCAUCCAUUGUUUAAGCGCUUCAGGAAGUAGAAACUCUGUUGUCAAAGACAGCCAUAAAAGACUUGCUCUGAAGGUGAUAUACACUGAGGCAAAGCUCCAAGCUACCAGCAGCAGGUUCAGAAAGUCCAGCCAGUCCAAAGAUUGCAGCAGUGACAUUUUGUAAGCCUGACAGUGUUUAUCUGGAGCUGGCAAGACAUACUCUUAUAACUGGUAAUGAAGGUGUAAGAUUACAGCGAGUGAUGCCUGCAGAGCUGAGUUGCUCUGUUCGAUGCAUUUCAAGCUCUACCCUUCUCAAGCACUUGAAGUGUAUGCCAGUUUUUGGAUGUAAAGCAUUUCAAAUCUUGUUUUAUGUGUCAGCUGCUGUUUGCUGCCAUUAGAAACAAAUAAGGUAAAAUUGUGCUGUUUCACUUUACAGUGGUGCAGAUUAGGAAUCAUUUCCUGUUCUGAAUUAAAAAUGUUCUGUUUGUUAAAUUACAUUUAAAGUGUCCACAAUAUCUGAAGACUUUUUUUUCUGCUGUUUGUAUCAUUUUUCAGCCACAGACUGUAAGGUAUGGGAAUGGAUGGCUACCAUAGUUUUCAGUACGUAAUAUCAGCCCUUUCAGAGGUUGGAGAUCAGCUCUGAAGCAUUUUUAAAUGAUUUAAAAGUUGAGUCCUACUUUCUGUUUUUUUACAGAGCCAACUGUAUCUGAGGGGAAAAUUACGUUUUUGUGAUCAUACCUAUGGUUGUCAAUUUAGCUUUAUUUUUACACAAUAAAACCUACAAAAAUCUGC